AUGGCGCCCCCCUCUCUCGCCCACAUUGUUCCUCAACCUCCCACCUCGAAACACCGGCCCUCCUCCCGUCUCAUAACGCCGACUACCAAUCCGAUACCUCUCCUUGCCAGUUCCUCCGCUCGCUUAUAUGCACUCCUGCACACCGGCCUCAUUCCGUCUCUGUACCUGCUCCGCUCCGGUCCCUUGGUUGCGGACCCUCUUCCAACUCUCACCUAUGAUCUUAUACCCCUCGCGACCGCGCAAGCAGCAUUCUGUGUGCUUUGCCUGCCUGCGGCUGGGACAUGGAAUAAUGGUACCAAGGAUGCAGGCCGGGGAAUUGUAGAAGGCACCGCAUCUGCGACGAACACGCCGAUCAAAGGAGGGAAAGGGAGCAUUGGGCGCAGGAAAGGCGCGAAGACGGCGGCACACUUGCAUGAUCCUACAGUUGGGGGCUUUAGUGCAAGAAUCAUGCCGUGCAUCUUUGCCCUGCUUCUAGCCCUCCUAAUUCCUCCUGUACCCAUACAGGUCCUCCUGCACGCACUGGGUGCUCCUCUCUUCCCAUACGAUCAGUUGCCACACACACUUGCUCUGGCUACGCAUAUCUCGCUGCUGGCAUUCUUCCCGCUGUUCUACACUCAUGGCGUUUCCAGCUCAGCCUGGAGGGACAUUGCGGCUGCGUGGCUGCCAUUCGACGAAGCGGGUGUUUGGGGCGGCACCGUGGGGACGAUACUGGGCGGCUGGUUCGGUGCGAUCCCCAUCGCGCUGGAUUGGGACAGGGAGUGGCAGAAAUGGCCCUGCACGGUUGUUUGGGGAUGCGUGAUGGGGUGGGUACUGGGCAGCCUACUGACGGCAGGCGUGCGCGUUGGCCUCGGCAAGAGAAUUGAUUUAUCGGAACACGAAGAGAUUCCCAGGGAUAUGAUAGAUGUACCAAUUCAAGACAAGAAGAAUGAAUGA